AUGCAGGUGGUGGCUCUGGAUGCUUCGGCUGCAAUCAUCCCCGUAGCCCGCCGCGUCGUCGCAGACAACAAUUUUGCUUCUAUCAUUCAAGUUGUGCAUGCAAAAAUCGAGUCUGUGGAUUUGUACUGGAAAGACGCUUCGGAGUCUGAGGUGGUUGCAUUGCCUCGUUCUGCAGCAGCAACAGCAGCAACACCAGCAGCAGCAGCAGCAACAGCAGCAGCAGCAGGUUAUAUUCCUUUUGCAUGCGAUGUGAUAGUGUCGGAGUGGAUGGGCUACUGUCUUCUCUUUGAGUGUAUGCUCUUCUCCGUCCUGCAUGCAAGAGACAAGUAA